UCGGCGGUGCAUUGCAGGGCGUCCGGGGUGCUUCGGAGGAACUCGGGGUGACCCCUGCCGGCUCCUGCGCCGGACCAGACAGGCGGCGGCGGACCCGGGAGACUCGGGAGCCAUGACAUCGCCCCAGCCUGGGAAGAAGCCGGAGCUGCUCGGCCAGCGGGACCUUUUUCUGCUGGGAGAACUUUCUCCUGCCAAGUUUUGAAAGUUUGCCGGCUGGCCGCUGCCUGCUCGUUUUCCUUCAUGAGCCCGGCAGGAGAGGCCCCGCUCGGGUGCCGCGCCGCCCCCGCCCGCCCCGGUCUGCCCUCCUCCUCCUCCUCCUCCUCGCCGGCGCCCGCUUCUGCCCCGCGACGGCCCCGGGGCCAAACCUGAAGGGGGGGCUUUGCCCGGCAGCCUUUCCAGGGGCGGCAGGACUGGAAGAUGUGAGCCGGCUGGGUCCAGGCAGUGGGCUGCUGGCACCCGGGCGCCUUGGCACUCGCCUUCCCAGGGGAGCCGGCCCGGCCUCGGACGGGGGCUGCGAAUCACAUGCCUCCAGAACUGCCCUGCGCCCAUCGCAGGAGACUGGCUGGCCAUGGCGAUCCAAGGGAUGGAGCUUUGCGCCGUGGCUGUGGUCAUUAUCCUGUUCAUCGCGGUCCUCAAACAGUUCGGGAUCCUGGAACCCAUGUCCAUGGAAGACAGCAGCGACAGCGAGUUGGAACUUUCAGCCAUCCGGCAUCAACCUGAAGGGCUGGACCGGCUCCAACUUCUAACCAAAUUCACCAAAAAGGAGCUGCAGUCCCUCUAUAGAGGAUUCAAGAACGAAUGUCCGAGCGGCCACGUGGAUGAAGAGACCUUCAAGCUCAUCUACGCCCAAUUCUUUCCCCAGGGAGAUGCCACCAUGUAUGCCCACUUCCUGUUUAAUGCUUUCGACGUGGACCGGAGCGGAGCCAUUCGAUUUGAAAACUUUGUCAUCGGCCUCUCCAUUUUGCUGCGUGGCACAGUGCAUGAGAAGCUCAGCUGGGCAUUUAACCUCUAUGACAUCAACAAGGACGGCUACAUCACCAAGGAGGAGAUGUUGGCAAUCAUGAAAUCCAUCUAUGACAUGAUGGGCCGCUACACCUACCCGAUCCUGCGGGAAGACGCUCCUUUCGAGCACGUGGAAAAGUUCUUCCAGAAAAUGGACAAGAAUCAGGACGGCAUAGUCACCAUUGAGGAAUUCUUAGAGACGUGUCAAAAGGAUGAGAACAUCAUGAGCUCCAUGCAGCUUUUCGAAAAUGUCAUUUAGGAUGCUCAGGUUCCCGCCUGUUUUUUCCUGACCCACCUGCCUCCUUGGCCUGCACUUACGAAGCAAACCUCUUUUGGAGAAACUCUUUUUAUACCUAAUGGUGGAAAUCGGGGUGAAGACGCGAGCGAGGGCAAAACCCCCUGGAUUUUCAGGACGUAAACACUGAGGAAAAGGAGGGAGGAGGGAGGGAGGGAAAGG